AUGAACGAAAUAAAAGUGUCGUACCUAAACUACCCCAUAUAUGGAAUAGGGUCAAAUGAUAAGUACGUGGUGACGUCGGGAGGAGGGGGGGGAAAGAGCUAUGGAAUAGAAGACCUGCUUGACAUCAACACAUUUAAUGAAAAGGAAAAGAAGUUACAGAUGCUGUGGUCGACGACGCAGCAAAGAGGUGUGGUCGAUUCAAUUGUCUACGAUAAUAAAUACGACAUAUGGUUAGGCUCCGUCAGGAACGAGUGUGUCAUUUUUCAAAUAAAUGAAGACACGGGUCCAAACAUCAUACACAGCUUCGUCACUGACUUCAGUCCGAAGCAUUCGAGACAGGUGGUCGUGAAGUUUUCCUCCACGAGUAAUUUUAUUUUAACGGGGGGUGAGGACAAAACGUUGAAGUUGUGGAAGCUCAAAAUUGUAGAAGCCAACCCCAAGGGCGGGGCCGCAGGGGAGGAAGCGGCGGGGGAAGCCGCAGGCGAAGCGGCAGCGUCGUCAUCGACAGAAGCUGCAGCAACAGGAGCGCCAGAAGGGGGAGAAGCAGCCGCAAAAGAAGUAGCAGUAAAAGAAGCAGAUGGAGCAGCGGCCGAAGCAGACGCGCCGGAGGGAAGUGUCCGCCUCGGGAAGAAGAAGAAUUUCUUCAUCGACACCUCCAGCAACAUAGUCGAGCAUGUUGGAGACUUCAGAGGACACGAAGAAUGCAUCAAGGACUGUGACAUAGCAGAGGACGAAAAAAUUAUAUGCACAUGUUCUUCAGACAAUUCACUUAAAAUAUGGAACACACAUACUUUUGUGAAUCUACACACGGAACAAAUGAAUAAUCCUAAACAGAAAGGGGAUAAGCUGAAUUUCCGGUGCUGUAAAUUUUUACGAAAUACAAAAAGGAAGGAAGAUUUUGUGUAUACCCUUUUAACGACUGCCUACACAACCAGAGGAAAUAGCUACCUCAUCACCUGGAGUGUCGUGUUCGACGAUAAAAAGGAUAAAUUUAGCUGCGUGAAGCAGAAGUUUAUUUGGUUAGACGACAGACCAUGCUGUAAUAUCGCCAUGAGUCUGAAUGAGAAAUUUCUUGCCUUAGGGUUCAGCACAGGGGCCCUAAAAAUUUAUAAUAAUAAAUAUUCCCUCUUAGCACAUUAUAAAAAACAUGAACUCCCCAUCACGGCUAUGUGCUUCAUCAAAAAUGAUACCUUCUUGCUUUCCGCUGGGGCAGACUAUAGUAUAAGUUGUCUUCAUAUCGACUCGUUUAGCUUUCGUUACUUGAGGAAGAUUUGGAAGCUCUUCUUCAUUCUAAUGAUAAUGCUUACGCUGUGCAUUAUUAUGCUCGAUUUUUUUAACGUCGGUUAUGACCUGCGCAUGAGGGACAUCAUUCAGAACAAAUCUGCAUUCGUGAAGACAAAGAAAAAGAGCCCCCAACCAACCCGCGCCCCCUCUCCCUCCUCAGAGGAGUUGUGA